UAAAAGGAUGUGCUCUCGAAUUUUGUCUCUAGUUUUACUCAAAAUGAGUUUACUCUUCAUUUCCGCAUUUGUCACUCUUGCAGCUGUUGCUUCAGCCAAUUCGACUGAAACAACAGUGCAAAAGGAAGACAACUUAGUUUUGCUCCAUGUGUUGUUCCGACAUGGUAAUCGAUCACCUGAUAAAAUGAGCAUCUAUCCUAGUGACCCUUACAAGACGGAACAAUACACACCUUUCGGUUACAGCCAAUUGACUCUUAAAGGGAAACAAACAGAGUAUGGAAUUGGGAAAUAUCUCCGAGAGACUUAUGGCGAUUUUAUCCCCAGACAGUACACUCCAGAUGUGGUUUACGCAGUUUCGACAAAUUUUAAAAGGACUAAAAUGUCCUUACAGUUAGUCCUGUCCUCACUUUUUCCACCGCUUCCAAGCGAGUUGGUUAUGCCCACUUUAGAGUGGCAGCCAAUUCCGUUCAACAUACAGCCCGGCCAAGGCUUUUUGGGCGUUGCUUCCUCCUAUUGUGCCAAUUAUAUGAACGCAUAUUACAAAUUUUUAUUGUCACAGGAAGGCCAAGAAAUUCGGACCGAGUACAAAAAUUUAUACAACGGCUUAAGCAAAAAUGCUGGUUUCACCGUAAGAACUCCGAGAGACGUAGCUGGGAUUUAUUUCGCUCUCAAAAGUGAAGAAGACUAUGGCCUCAAGUUGCCAGGAUGGACCGAAGGACUUUACCCCGAAAUUUUGGAAGAAGCAGCUUCUGUUGAUUACGAAGUCGCCACUGCAAAUCCCACCUUGAGAAAAUUAUCUGCUGGGUUUUUGCUCAAAAAAAUAAUACAAGACAGCGUGGCCAAGCAAAACGGUUCAUUGCCGGAGGAAAGGAGGAUUUUCCUGUACUCGGCACAUGAAUACAACGUUGCUACCAUGCUGAGAACUUUGAAUGUUUUUCACAGACAUGUGCCACCGUUUGGGGCAACCAUUUUUUUCGAAAUUCAUGAUAUUAAUGGCAAAUUUGGGUUAAAACUGUACUACCAGGAUUACACUAAAGGUGCCCCCACACUUUUGACCAUUCCCGGCUGUUCCAGCUUUUGUGAGCUUGGUCAACUGUACGAGUUGAUGCAAGAAAAUUUACCGGGGGAGGAGGAUGUGUGUUCUCCAGGAGGUGAAGUGAUGUAAAAAUAAAUUGUUAUAUCACUUAAUAAAGAUUUGGAUAAUGCAAAAA